AUGGACGACAAGGUCAGGCAGCAUUACCUGGCUGACUCACCUCCCACGGUAGUACGUUUGGAAGUCAAGCCACACUUUGACAACCUCAAGGAUCCCAAGUUGCGGAAAUACGCGCACUAUUUGAGCAGAGCUGCUUUCGAAGGCACUCGUAUCACACUGCGCCAAGUCUCACCAGAGUCGGAGCCUAUUUACGAUCUCAUUCUUGAACUACACCGGGCCUGUGACGGUGAUUGGAAUGACCUCGCUCGGCAAACAGGGGUCAGCGAUGAGAACCUGCGAUUUUUCUUAGAAUACGCAGCCCAGUUCCUUGGGAACUGUGGCAAUUACAAAGGAUUCGGUGACUCGAAGUUCAUUCCCCGGUUGCCUGUCGAAGCCUUCCGGGAUUUGGCUUCUGUGACACCGAACACCAAGUCUGCCUUCGAUCUGGCAACUGAGACUGGUGGUGGCAUAUACGAGACAGAUGCUCAGUCGCGUAUGCACCUUGGCUACUCGGAAGGGAAUCACAUGACCACGUAUUACCCGGAGUCGCCAUUGAUCACUAAGGAAGAGAUCACGGCUAUUGGGGACUUGAUGGAGCAGAAAGGAUUGCCAUUGGAGAACACCAGACUCAAGAAGACGAUAUCUGGCGACUAUGAGUUGUUGAUUGCCGCAGGUGUCUCUUCGCCCCCUGUUCGGGAUAGAGAUCUCGGUGAUACAGACACCUUUGACCUGAGUGGAAAGUUCGAAGGGAAAAAGCUUCGCCUUGUCUUCGGUGACCACCGGGAAGAAAUGGCGAAGAUCGCUCACAGCGCCAAACAAGCAGGGGUUCAUGCAGCGAACGAUAACCAAAAGCGAAUGUUGGAUGCAUACGCGCUCUCUUUCGGCUCUGGCUCAAUCGAAGCAUUCAAAGAGAGCCAGAGGAUAUGGGUCAAAGAUCAGAAACCGGCGCUUGAAACGAACUUGGGAUUUGUAGAGACGUACAGAGACCCUCAUGGUGUAAGAGGGGAAUGGGAGGGGUUUGUUGCUUUGGUUAAUUUGGAACGAACCCGAGCUUUCGGUAAGCUGGUGGACAGUGCUGAGUCCAUGAUCCCCAAGCUUCCCUGGGGUAAAGACUUUGAGAAGGACAAAUUUCUCAGUCCCGACUUCACAUCCCUUGAGGUCCUAAGCUUCCAGUCUUCCGGCAUUCCCGCUGGAAUCAAUCUGCCCAACUACGACGAUAUCCGGCAAAACCUUGGAUUCAAAAAUGUCUCCUUGGGAAACGUCCUCAGUGCCAAAGCCCCUAAUGAGCCCGUCCCCUUCAUCUCAGCGAAUGAUCUGGAGGUUUAUCGCAGUUGCCGUGAUGCCGCAUUUGAAGUCCAGGUUGGCAUCCAUGAAUUGCUCGGUCACGGAACAGGAAAGCUGUUGCAGGAAACCGGCCCGGGGGAAUACAAUUUCGACGUAUCAAACCCGCCCGUAAGCCCGGUGACAAACAAGCCUAUCUCUUCAUGGUAUAAGCCUGGACAGACUUGGGGCUCAGUGUUUGGGGCUCUUGCUUCUUCUUACGAAGAGUGCCGUGCGGAAUGCGUCGCAAUGGUACUUAGCUGUGACUUCAACAUCCUGAAGCUCUUUGGCUUUGGUAACGGCCAGGAAGAUCUUGCGAAUGAGGCAGGUGACGUCCUUUUUGCGGGAUACCUGCAGAUGGCUCGCGCAGGCUUGGUGGCCUUGGAGUUCUGGGACCCCAAAACUCACAAAUGGGGCCAGGCCCACAUGCAAGCUCGGUAUAGUAUUCUGCGCACUUUUCUUGACGCUGGAGACGACUUUGUCAGGCUUGCAUACACGAAGGAAGACCUCUCCGAUCUGGAGAUUCACUUAGACCGUUCCAAGAUCCUGACCCACGGUCGGCCUGCCGUGGAGAGAUACCUGCAAAAGCUGCAUGUCUACAAGAGCACUGCCGACUUUGAGGCCGGUAAAAAGCUCUACGAUGACAUCACAUCUGUUGAUGAUUGGUGGGGCACCGAGGUGCGCGAGAUUGUCCUAAAGAACAAAGUUCCUCGCAAGGUGUUUGUCCAAGGCAACACCAUCCUGAAUGGGGAUGAAGUCACGCUCAAAGAGUACGAGCCUACGCUUGAGGGACUGAUCCAGACACGCUAUUCUCUGCGCAUCGGCACGAUUUCCGGCACCUUGUCGUGGUCACUGAACUCUUCUGGCUCGCCUCUCACGGCGCGGCCGCACCAUUUAACAGACUCCGUGGUGGAGGACGACAACGACUUCUAUACCGCCUCGCCGCUGCCUUCCCAGUACCCGGAAGCUUCCUCUAGUCUCUCUUCGUCACAUCCUCCUUCGUUUUCGUCUCUUGUCUUUGAUCCUGCGACCGAGUCGAGUCGCCGGAAAGUCCCUUUCUCUCCGUUCGAGUCGGCCUCUGCUCUAACCUCCACGCCUCUGACCCCCGACGAAGAACCCGAAGAGCCCCUGGAGCCGGACGCAUCUUUAUCUUUGGUCGCGGAAACGAAAGCUUCCUUCUCUCGGGACCAAAAGUCAGAUUCCCCAGGGAAAAGUGCCGAAGAGGGAGAGCCUCCUCCACCCUAUACUGAAGGAUCUAGCCCCAUCGAAUCAUUCACCUACGUGAUGGCUGCAGCGGGAGGCGCGUCGAGUAUUAUCACUCAAGUGCAGCAGGCAGGAGGACCACCAAUCAAUACACUAGGAGAUAUUGGUGGUGAUGAGCAUAUAACUCUUGACCUCCGGGGCACUCGAUUCACACUCUCUCGAGAUGAACUGUUGACUUUACCGGAAUUUGUCCUUCUAUCGCUUUUUCCGAACGGCUUGCUUCCCGACGGACACAUGGGCACUUUUCAUGAAGGUGACAUUUACCCAGUCGACUACGACCCGGCUUCUCUACAGUACAUGCUAGACUUUUUCCGCUCUGUUGCUCAGUCAAUUCCAUCAUCAUCGCCAUCUGCGUCAACAUCUCCGGACUUAGAAGUUGCCCCCGAUUCUAUGCAAGGAACCGCUAGAGAUAUGCUCCAGGACCGGGCUGGUAUUAUUGUUCUCCGGGAGGAUCUUGAUUUUUAUGCGAUACCGCCUCGUACCGAUAUAGACCAUCCUGAGAUGAUUGAGGUUAAGCGCGCAGCGGCAAGGGCAUUACUGAAACAAGAUGGAAUAUUCUCUGGACUGAGGAAGAGUGAUGAGGUCGGCUCAACCGAGCAACAUCUGAUUGAGAUGCUUACUGCAGGUGGAUUUGAUCGCGAUGACCGUUGGGGCCACCGUGCCCCAGAGCCUAACAAGGCAGUAAUUUGUAGCCUAGCUUUGGCCAAAUUGCGUACUGACAUUCGGGGUGACCUACCGAAUAACAAUGCCGUCGGUAUGGCCCAGAAACUGCUCCUAUUUUGGAGAAAACCGGCCAGAAGGUGCUGGUGGGAGGGCAUAGAGCUGGAUGACGUUGAGGGUGUUGAAGGAAAAGUGAAGAUCUGGGUCCGUAGAGUUUGGACUCUAGAAAUGAGCGUAAUUGGGCUUCGAUAG